AUGUCAAGGAUUCGCACCUCGAGCAGCGAAGAACGUGCAUUUGUAGAAACCAGAGCCCCGGCUUCAAGUUUUUUCAUUACCAGAAGCCCUUACGGGCAACAUUUUGAGGAAGGCGAGCUGGAUAAGUCUUUGUAUAAGAUCAAAAUACCAGAUGACAAGCAUGAUGCAGAUGGAGUUAGGCACAAUGUAGAAUAUGAAGACAUCUCGGAUGCUAUCGAUUAUGAUGGUGGAAUUCAGUACAGUGUGGAUGAUGACGAUGGUAUUUUGCAUGAUGAGAGCUUUGGAUUCGGAAGCAUGCGAAAUGAGCAUCGUAGCUGUAGAAAGGACCAAUAUGACCAUCAGAAGACUAGAAUUCAGCCCGAUAAGCACCAGAAGUUUAGAAGCCAACACGAUGUGCAUCAGAAAUCUAAAAGCCAGCACGAUGAGCAUCAGAAACCCAGAAGCCAGCACGAUGAGAAGAAGGAAUUUGGAAGCCAGCACGGUGACAACCACGACUCCAGAAACCUGCAAAAUGAGAAUCAGGGGCUAAGAAGCCAGCACGAUGAGCCUCAUGAUUUCGGAAUCCAAAAUGAAUUCCGCUACGAAGCCCGUGCGACUUGUGGGGCUUCGUUUGACGCCAGAAGCCUGUCUGAAGACUUGUCCAUGCUUAGUAUUACGACACCGUACCCAUGCGACGAUGGAAGAGGCAUCGGAUGGGAUUCGGAAAUGCACGAUAUUUCAGAUGCCGUCUUUGAAGUGUUUGGAACGCCAGAAUCUACGGAUUUUACGGAUUCUGAUGAUUUUUUCAGUGAUAGUUACGAAUGUGAUGCUAAGUUGGGUGAGGAUGGUACUCACAAGGUCGAUGAUGCUACGAACAACAACAACAAUAGUAUUAAACAAGUCAAAACUGGCACUCGGCAGCCUCUGAAUGGUACAAACCCUAACCAAGAUGGCUCCAAUGACUACAAUAUUACCAGUAGAACCUCCCAUCUUCACGACUUGGCGAAAAAUGUAGAAUCAGAUACUAGCGUGAUUACAAAUGACGCCACUGAAGAAUCAGGAUCUGUCUUUAGUACUUCAACUUCAGAAUCCGAACAAGAAAAGAAAGAAGCGAUGGCUUUGUAG